AUGCUGACACUGAAUUGUUCGCUCCGAGAAGAGAUUGCACAACAAAUUGAAUUGUACACUUAUCCAUUUUUACUUGGUCUCGGUACAGUGGGCAAUCUUCUAUCAAUAGUUGUUUUAAUACAAAUGCGACAACAUAGCGUUUAUCGUUAUUUGACACUUAUGGCUAUUGCCGAUACUGUUCUUUUAUAUAUUGGUUUAUUACGUGAAUUACUAUUAUCAUCAAGUUUUCAUCUUCAUAUUCAAGGUACCCUAUUGUGUAAACUACAUGUUUUCUUUUUCUAUAAUACACUUCACCUUUCAUCCUGGUUUCGAUGUUGUCUAAAUCUUGAUCGUUAUGUUGCUGUAAAAUUUCCGAUUUACACAUCGAAAUGGUGUCGUACAAGCCAAGCAUCGAUUAAUUCAAGCAUCGUAUUCACUGUUCUAUCAUUAGCUAAUAUACAUCUAUUAAUAUUUGUCCAAGGUGAAGAUGACAAUAAGAAUUCGAAUGCGUUGAAUUCUACACGGUCGACUGUAAAUCCAUUCCAAUACCAACGAUGUUAUUUGCAUCCGAGUUAUGUACAUUUCUUUGAACACAUUUAUACAUGGAUCGACAUGUUUCUUGUCACAAUAAUCCCUUUUACUUUUAUUAUUUUAUGUAAUUUAACUGUUAUUAAUCGUGUAUUUCUCGUAUCUGGUCCUGGUAAGAAAAGUGAAGUCGUUAGCCGUUCCAAAGCAACAAAUCGCCUUCGUUCAUUAUGUUUAAUUAUGAUAUGUUCAUCAUUUAUAUUCGUUGCAACAACUUUACCAGUAACCGCAUUUAUAAUUGAUUUAUUAUCACAUAAAGCGUCCGUUGAUACGAUGCGUUGCCGACGUAUACAAUGGACUAUUUAUAAUAUCUUAAUGUAUUUUAAUUACGCUAGUAUUUUUAGUUAUUGUUUAUCAGGUACAGAAUUUCGUCAAGCACUAAUGAAGACAAUUCAUGUUAAAGCGAAACCUGAUAUAGGAUCAAUGUUGCAGACAGAUAUGAUGAACGGUGUUAACCAACGUCGAGCAUCAACAAAUCAACAAUAUCGUCAGGUACUUGUAGAAUAUCAAGAUUUAAAACGUUUUCGUUCAUCAUUUGUUAGUGAGCAGUCAUCAGCUAAUAUACGUGGUAAAGUUCAUCUGAUCCGAAAAACAACAGGAAACAACAAAAACGAUUUACCAAAUCAACAAACAAAUUAUGAUGAUCAAAACAGAAGUUCUUGUACAAAUACAACAAAUGGCAGAAGUUUGUCAAUAUCAUUAAAAAUGCAAGUUUCACGAAAUGUAGAAAAUAGACGCCGUGAUUUAUUGAACCAGCAAAGUGCGAUAGCUAAACAUCAUGAUGGUAUAAGUCGUAAUGUACAUUAA